GGUUACGCCCACUGCACGCGGUCAGAACACGCAUAGCAUUGACCGACCGCACUUCGUUGAAUCCUACCGAGCUCUUGACUGACAAUCGAGGCAGACGACAACUUCGAUGAAAAUUUCUUGGGCAAGGCUAUGUUUACCAUUCAAUUCAUCGAGCGCUUAUCCACUGCUGAUGUCAUACCGUAGCACUUUUUGUUUCGUCUGGUUGUGAAACACAACAAAGGAAGAAUAUAAACAUCCGGAAACCGUGCUACAUUUUCAUCGACAUUUCUGAUUAUAAUCAACGGAUUUAAUUGUUUUUUUUAGAAACUAUGGCUUUACAAGAAGUACCAAGGAGGGAUUUUGAUACAGAUUUGGCUGCGCAGUGUUUAGUUGCGAUGUCAAAUCCAUAUGUUGUUACGGCAGAACCAGCUGAUUGUAAAAUGGCUUCUUUCGAAGCUAACGACGUAACUACAACAGACUCGAACUCUUUGGUCAUGUUAGCUCGAAUAUUGACGGACUUGAGCAAAUUCAAACAAGAGCCAAUAGAUCAUGAUUAUAUUAGCAGUGAGUUGAAGAGCUAUAAUUACAGAUCAGUGCCAAAUGACGAGAAUUUCUUGGACACCAACACGCCACGAAAACGAAAGCGCUCAAAGCAUGGUACCACGCCCACUGACUGUAACACUGAAGAUCACAGUUACAAUAAAGGACGUACUGGUGGGGCCAAGAAAGUUCAUAAAUGUUCAUUUAAAGGAUGUGGCAAGGUGUAUGGGAAGAGUUCACAUCUUAAGGCACAUCUUCGGACCCAUACAGGUGAACGCCCUUUCCCAUGCAGCUGGCCAGCCUGUGAGAAAAGAUUUGCCAGAUCUGACGAGUUAGCACGCCAUAUAAGAACACACACAGGUGAGAAGAAAUUCCAGUGUCCUUUGUGUGAGAAGAGGUUUAUGAGGAGUGACCAUUUGAACAAGCAUGCUCGUCGCCACCCAGAGUUUGAGCCGGGGAUGCUGAAGCGUAUGCGGCAGCCAGUGAAACAGGAGUCGACCAGUAGUGAUGGUGGGGAUCAGUCGGCCUCCAGCCCAGGCAUGGUGUGAGACGCAGCUCACAGAAUACACAUUAUCACAAAGACUGUUGGCUGAUAUCAACUUCAAAAUGACAAUUAUCUACAUUGCAAAUCAAGUCAACGCAGAAGAGCGACUGUCUACAGUACUUGCAUUUGAUUAUUUAUUUUCUACCUUUCAAAUCAAGUCAAUGUUGAAAUAAUUAUUGGCUACUUUAAGUAAGUCAGUGUCAGAUUAACGACUGUAUGCAGUGAUUACAUUUGUUAAUGUCUGAACAAUUAUUGUCUACAUUAAAACUCAGUCAGUGUCUCACUGUCUGGAUGGUAGUUCAUCAGGAAACUGCUCAAGUCCAUACCAGAAUGACAGUUGGUGUAUGGAUAACAACUUAAGCCCUAUUCAAAAUCAGAAUAUUUUUUUGGAAUCCAUCACUUCAAGUCCGGGGCUGAUAUUAUUUUGUAAUAUUACAUGUACAAUAGCAUUAUGUGGAGUGAUGUAAAAAUAUUCACACUUACAUUAUGAUGUCAUGUCUAACAUCAAAUUUAAUUUGAUUGGAGAUGUUAAAUCAUGUUUCUUGUUAGAUAUCUCUACUUACCAUAAAUCAUCGCUUGUUGGAUAUCCUCUAUACUUCUAUUAUUCUAUUCAAAUUGAAAUAAUUUAUUAUUAGUCUAAAGUAAGAUACGAAUAAAUAAUUGGCAAAUUUGUUAUCAAAAGAAUCAAGUUUAAUGCUAAUUGAAUGCUGUCUGCUAUUAAACCUUGAUCUUUGUGGUAAGUAGUUAUGAAAAUCACUGCUUUUGUCAAGCAGAUGACUUUGACCUCCUAAAAACAUCUUAAUGACUUGAACACACAAGUUGCAUAAUUCCUCCACAAUAAAUUAACUUUGUGAGUUGAUCUAGACAGUGUACAUGGAGUACAUGAGCCUGUUGAUAUCUGUUACACUGUUUAUAACUCAUGUACAGAACAUGGACUUUAUAUAUACUGUGUAAGAUAAGGGAGCAUAUUUAUUGUUGCAAAGUUUUAAAAUCUGGGUUUUAUCAGUUUUUAGAUGAGUACCUGGAAUUUCCUUUUUUUUGCCUUUAUAUAUAUAUAGGCUAUUUGUCUGACUUGCUGUAUCUGGAAAGCUGUGUUAUUUAUAAGUGAUACCUCUUAUAGCAUAUCAAGCUAUUGUUACUUCAUGUACCUAAAAUAUAUAUUUAAUAUAGCAGGGUUGAUAUAUAUUUAAAGGAACAGAAAUCCACCUGUUAAGUGUAGUAUUUGAAUGGUCUAACAUCUAGGCAGAUUUACCGAUACAAUGUAUAUAUACAUUUUAAGAUUCAUUUAACUGUCCAGUGAUAGAAUUAUCAUUUAAGUGUCAUCAUGACCAUCAGCAUUUCCUACAGUACCAGGGUAUUUGGUCAUUGUCCCAGGUACACUUAAUUACGAUUAUGUUAAAGGAGUUUGCUGUAUAUGGUAGUUUAAUACGAUUGUUCCAACACAUUUGCAUACUUGCCAACUUUUCAAAAUGUCUAUCGGGAGAUACUGUGUAUUCGGAAUUAAAAGCAUAAAUAUGAGGUAUGAAAUAUGUAUCAUCAGAUCUAAGAUAAAAUAAUUGGUUUAUACAAUUCACCGGUUUAAAAUGUUCAAUUUUUAGGGUCCAAAAUCAGGAGUUUCUCUCCAAAAUAGCGUGAGUUGGCAAGUAUGCGUUUGUACAAGUACAGUAACUCCUUAUGUACAUUUUGUUAAUAAUCUGUAAAUGUCAGAAACAUCUAUGUUACAUUCAUAAUAAUAUUACUGUUACAGUUUUUCCCUCGAAUAUUAAUUUCUUAAUGAGGAGCCCUUACUCCUUUGGCCUAAAUGUCUUGCCACCAUUAAUUACUAGCAGAAUGUAUCUUUAAAGGGAGGUAAAUCUGUUGAACUUAAAUACUUAAUUUUGCUGCAUUAUGAUAUGGGUCUCUUUAUUCUGCAUAAAAUAUGGUAUGUUUCAGACAAUUCACAAAAACACAUAAAAUCAGGCAUCAAAACAUUGUAUUUAAGUCAGUAGUAGUCCUGUGUGCAAAAAUCUAUGGAUAAAAAAACGAUUGGAUCAUGAAGUAGGUUUCUUAUCAGAGGAAGAUACAUCGUGUUCAUUAAUAACAAGUGAAUGUAUGAUAUUUUAAAGGAAAAUUUUCUGUCAAUAUUUUUAUAAAAAGUGAUGAUCAGGAUUUGAUAACCACUAAAAAUAUGUUGUAAGGAGUUACCUACUUAACCCUUUCACCCCUAUGUGACUUUAAUAAACUCUACCAUAAAGUGAUCUUGAUGAGUCCAUUAUGGUCUACAGUUAAAAUAAAAAAAUUAAGUCAAAGCAGGAAGCCAAAAAAAACAAAACUGCACCAUAUAGCCAUUUUGUGCAUUUAGGACUCAUUAGUGUUACUUGAAGCCAAAAGAUUAAAAAUCCAUGUCUUAAAUGUUCCGUAAUCUGUGCAGAAAGGAAUGUGAUAUAUUUCUGUGAUUUUCCUACGAAGUGCUAUUUAUGAUACAAGGGAAACAUAUAGUGGUAUGUGAACUUUGAUAAAAACUAUACAGUGUUAUUAUAUAUAAUUUACUAAGAAUGAUACUGAAUCCAACGAAGAAUACAGUCUACUCUAAUACUACUUACAAUAUACUUCUAAAGUAUUAUGAAGUAUCAAUUUUCAUAUUAACUAAUUAAAAAAAAAGCUGUUCAAACAUAUUUGAUCAGUGAAUAUCAAAUUCAAUUCAUAUUUGAUUGGAGCAUAAAAGCAAUCACUAUAUAGUUCUAAGCUUUAAAACAAGAGUGUAUUUUUUCAUUUUGUGACAAAAAUUAAAUUACAAGAAUCUUGUCUACUUGCUAGUGUUCAUUCAUGUGUAAAUAAGAUAUCUAUAAAGAUCAUCCGUGUUUGAUUGUACUGGUAACAGUAUCAUUUAAAUGUUUUUGUCAUGUAUAUUUUUGUCGACGUUUUGUAGCUCACAUUGCCAAAGGCCAUAGUGAGCUUAUUUUGUGAUGUUCAUAUUUUAUUUUAAAAUGUCUCAUAAAAAUCAAACAGUAAGAUUAUCAGUUGUUAUGUCCUUAAAAUAUAUACAAGUUGUUAUCAUUGAUAUUGUAAUGUCACUGUUAGUGGAAGGUGCUGAGCUAAAGAAACAAGUGUGAGAGGUUAGAGAGAAAGAGAGGAGGUAUGGAGGAACAAAAUCCAGUAGAAAACUGUUACAUGUUGCCUCAGUUAUGUUUUAAGAACUCAUUCGAGUCAAAUAUCCUGUUCAUCUCUUCUGAUUUAACCAGUUUGAGUAGCCUUAUUUUUUUGAGAUCAUUCAUCAAUACUAAUAUCUCAUUUUGCUGAUUUUUGUGAAAUAAGGACACAGUUACGUGUUGGACAGUAAAGUUCCUUGUAAGGGUUGUUACGAAUGUUUAUUGGCAAUGUGUAACAGAAAAGCAGGUUGGAGUCGAGGUGGGAUUGGUGUGAUAUUGGUUUGUUGUGAUAUAUUAUAUAUGAAAUGAAAGGAUUUUGUGUUACUGCAGUUGAAGUAGGUUGGGUUAGUGGAGUCUCAUUGCAGUUAGAGAGAACAGAGUGUGAAAUGAGAGAUUGUCUGUACAGUCCCAUUCUAUGAUAAACGUUUUUGGGCCUUGAGGGCUAGGGCUAAAGAUGUUUUGAACUGUUUUGUAUAAAACAUAGAUAGUUGGACUGUAAUCGUGUUCUUUUUCACUCUGGAUGAGUGAUACUUAACACUUCAGAAACAGGGUUGAUGGUAUUGUCGUUGUUCAAGUUUGAAUCGUGAAGCUUUAUGAAAUGUGAUUUUAACCAAAGAGAUUUUGUGAUAGGUCAGUAGUAAGGGGAGAUAACCUGACAGGCAGUGUUCAGUGAAGUAAAUAUAAAGCCAGUCACACAUGUGUUUGUUUGACUAACAAAAUUCCAUUUGGCACCUAAGAUGUAAUAGAGGAUUAACUAAUCAGAUGACUUCCUUAAGGGAGUAUGAUUUUAUUAUGUUAUAAUCUUUCAAUAAGAAAACCAAAUAAUUCAUGAUCUUUUUCUGUUCGUCUGCCACAUACUGGAACUGUUAUUAACUGGAGAAUGGUAUGUUUAAGACAUGUUUUGAAGCAUUCCUUGACAGGGCCUAUAGCUGUUGUGGGAGAGAAUUUCUCAGACUGAUAAUCUCUCAGAGUCUGUUGUAUAGAUUUGGUUAAUUGACCGAAUUUUGCACUCAUUGACAAUUGUGAUAGGAACCAGCUAGUGGACACAUUAUUGUGGUGCUUUGUGAAAGUUUGGGACUGUUACAUUAAGAGGCAUUUGAACAGAAGUUCAGACUAAAAAUGUAUAUUUUUAUGUAGUUAGUUUUCUUCUGGCUGAUAUGGUGUAAAUACUUAUACAUAUAGUUAUAUGCUUUUUAUUUUGUUUUGUUUUUAAAUUUGUGAUACAUUUAUGAUAUAACAUUUUGGAAUGUGUUUUGUGUAAUAUUUCAUCGUUAAAUAUUUCGAUUUAGCUCACCUGAAGUUAGUGCAAGUACAAUUCUUUUGGAAAGAGAAAGUACUAUCUACUUCAGUGUUGAUACAUUUUGUAGAAUAAGGACUGUGUCAUGCUUUGACAAUGGAGGAUUACAAUAUAUUUUUAUUUGUCUUUUCAUAUCGGUGGUAUUUGUGAAUUACUGUACCCACUUGAAUUCCAUUACAUUGACAAGAACACAAUCUUCUUAUGCUCACUGAAUCUCUUGUUUAUAAGAAAAGCUGUACUUUGACGUUUGAUAUUUUACUGUUAUACAUAAAAAGAAUCCCUGUGAAAAAUUACAAUAUGUUAAUUUCAUGACAGAAAUACAGAAUUAUGGAAUCACAUUUGAUCUCAGAAGUAUUAAUAAGAGUUUACCCAGUUUCAAUACCGCUAUCAUCCUAAAUACACAUGCAGAAAAAGAUUGUUGUACAUAAUAUAUAUUUCAUGUUUGAAACAUUCAUCCAUCCAUCCAUCAACGUUUUUGUGGUUAUGACCUCACGAUUUGGAAAGUAUUGUCAUGUGUUUGUGAGCGUGUGGAUGCAUAUAUGUAUCGGUACACAUGUGUACCAGUGAAGCUAAUGAAAUUGCAUGUGUAGAUACAGUGGGCCAUAUGGAAUUUAUAAGGUAUCUGUACACAUGUGUACUAGCCCAAUUAGUGAGAUUUAGUAGGUAUUGGUCUACAUUUGUAUAACUUCAGCUAGUAGGUCCAUUUGGGUCUACAUGUGUACAAGUUCAGAAAGUGAGAUUUAUUAAAAAAAAAGUGGGAUAUGGUCACAAAAGGGCAGAAAUAAUCACAAGCGUAUCAUACCUUCACCAAGAUGUUGUUGGUUUGGUGAGUGUUUUUUCACAACUGCAAUAAUUAAUUAUUUAAGAAUAACAAUAAGGAAAACCAGGGUUCUCAUUUACAAAGAUUAAUAAAAUCACUUUCAAGAAUAAAACAUGUAUUUGUACACAAUAUUGCAAUUCUACUUUGGAGAGUUUAUAUUUUUGAAUUAUAUAAAUUCGUGAUCAGAACAAAAAAUACAAGUACCACAAAAAAAAUCUCAUAGAGAGGUAUAUGAGACUGUUCAAUAUAAGUAAAGUAGGGUGAAGUCGAAACAAUAUAAAGUUGUUUUAGGAAUAAUAUCGUUAGCACCCCGAAAUGAAAGCAGCACACAUUAUAAAGAAACAUACCGGUAAAUAAAAUAUCAUUGACCUAGCUACAUAAUGUAUAUUUUGCAGAGAUAAUCAUGUUCAGUGUCAUAGUUUAUAAGUUGGAUAUUUUAAAUUGUUAAAUAGCUGAUGUCAUCAAAAUAUAUAAGGGAUUGGUUCAGGAAAGUUGUUACAAUUUAUAAUAAAUGGAUGCUUGGGUCUAAAUUAAUUGUUGCUAACAUGAUGUGGACCUCAGGUAAAAUGUUGGUGGGGAUCACAAAAAAUGCCCCACUGCCCCAUCUCACUCACUUUUAUUUCUGAAAUUACACUUACUAUAAAUAUAGGCUUAAUGGAAUAAAUUUUACUCCAAGAUAAUGGCUAGUUUAUGCAAUAAACAUAUCGGGGUGUUUGAAAACAUUUCUUACGUUUAAGAAUAUGUUGACUUACAUUUUCACCUGCUUUCCUUAUGUAACUGAUAACACAUUUGAAAGAUACAUUACACAUAUAUAUUGCUAGCUUACUAAUAGCACACUUGAAUGGUACAAAACACAGACAUUCUGAAUCUCCGGUAAUUCUAUUUUUGUGUUAAUGUUGAUUCAUUUUUAAGAGAGACAAAUCCUCUGAAUUAUUAGUGUAAGGUAGCAUAUAAUAUACGUUAAUAAGAUAUUUUAAGUGCUAGUGAAUUGAAUGUUUAUGAUGACUACCCAUUGAAACUGCAAGAUAAUCUACUCGUGUAUCUGUGAUUUGCAGUGUUAAUUCAGUAUUUCACCAAAGUGUGUGCUGGAUAUUUAUUGACGGCUAUAUUACAUGUACAUUGCACGUGUCAGGGUAAACUACAGGUGUGUCGCCAUUUGAAAGCUUUAUUACACAUGUCACACGUGGCAGGAAUAAUUAAUUCUUUAUCUCAGGGACUAAUAAAUGGUAAUAAUGACAUAAAUUAACGCACAGUCAUUAAAGAGACUUGGAUCUCAGUGGUGAUAUUGAAUAUUCUGGAGCAAUAAUUAUUUCAUGGAAGAAGACAGAAAAAACAUGUGAUAUUAUUUUAUAUCGUUGACAUAAUGAAGUUGUAAAUGCUAACAUAGAAAAUCUCUAAGGCAUACAAUAACAGAAAAAAGGAAAUGUUAUGAAAUGCCGUUUUGUUAUUUUAUGGGAGAAAAUCUCGUUUGAAGGAAAAAUUACUAUCUUCAAAUAUGGUAAUGAUAUCUAUAGUUUCAGCAUUAUAUUGAAAUCUAAACAGAUUUUGUUAUUUCUGACGCUAGUUGUACAUUCCAGAAAUUAAAGUGUUAUUUCAUAAAACGGAGUUUAAAAUACAAUGAUGUUGCCUAAAUAUUGUUUUUUUUAAUCAGCAUUACUCUUGCCAUUCUUAAGAUGUUAUGUCGAAACGUUUUUUCCCAGUAAAUGAUAUGAUAUUCAUAUUCCGGAAACAUUUAUGAUCAAAAGCAUAGAAAGCCGUAGCAGUACAUUUUUUGAGGAUGAAACCAUGAAUAACAGUUAAACUACGCUGUCUCGAAAAAUAUACAUCGUAUGUAUCCAUCUAUAUGUUUGAAUCUCCUAUCCAAAUAUAUAUGUGUGUUACUCUACCUGUCCGCUUGUAUGCUAGGUUUUGUUAGUAAAUUAUUGCUUAUUGUCGGAAGAGUUUAAAGGAGAUGGUUAUACCGUGGAGUUGGUUAUAUAUAUAGAUUACACAUAGCCAUUGUGUUAAAUAAGUUUAAUGUGGUUUAAAUCAACUUAAAAUGAACCUAUUUGGAACAUUCUUGUUUCUUGUAUUGAUAUUAUUUUAAACGAGACUGGUAAGUGUGGUCAAAAUGUAUUAUUACCUGUGCUGUAAAGACUUGCGUCUCAAUUUUAGUUAUACAUAACUUGUACCGACGGACAUUUAUCUAGUCUUGAAAACUCGUUACCAAUGUCAUCAAACAUCUUGGUUACCAGGAUGACUGGGAACCAAUUCCAAAAACUAGUUCUGACAGCAAAGUUCUCAGUUGUUGCUAACCACAAAAAUACCGAUAUUUCGUCCAUAACUUUUGAUUAAAUGUUAGGUUUGUAUUCUUGGAAUAUUGCACCCCCGCUAGACAUAGCAUUUUUUUGUAGAUUUUUAUGAUAUGUUCAUUAACGAUUCAUGCUUUUUUAACCGGCCUUUUGUUUAAAUAAGAAAAAAAUGCAUGGUAUGCAGCAUAAUUUUUAGCAUAAAACUGGUUGUCGUUAUAUAAUGCAACAAUCGUGUUUCUAAACGUUAUUGAAACAGAUAUAUAGCUGAAUAGAAGUAUAUGACCAGCGAGAUAUUCCUGUGCUGUACUAAGUAUGUCAUGGAUAUGAGUUUAACUAUAAUUUGUAUUGUGUUUGUAUUUUGAAAAAAUGUUGACAUUGAGAGUUGUUCAUAAUUAUCCAAUGUGUCUUAAAAAUCCUCGAAAUAAAAUAUAUGUAUAGAA